UUUCAACAGCAGCAACAACAGUUCGUCAGACACCUCGGUAGCUUGCUAGACAAAGUAGCCGAGCCAAUAAGCUCUUUAGACGUUUUAGUGUAUAUUAGCCAUUGUGUUUUAAACCCACUUCUGUCGUCUAGUUAGUUAUCCGAUUUAAUUUAAUAUGUACGGUGUUGUUGUUAGUCAGCUAGCGGGCUGGUUAAAUUAACAUUAGCCUAGCUAGCUAACAUCCUCGACCAUGCGGUCACUAAGCUACUCCCCUGCUAAAGAAGAGGAGGAUAUCACAGUAAAACAAGAAGUAGAGAGUGAGGCCGUUACUGUGAAAGAAGAGGAGGACGCGUUCAGAGUGAAAGAGGAGGAUGUUACAGUAAAAGGAGAGGAGGAACCUGGAUAUCUGGGCCCGGUUUUCCAAACGCAUCUUAAGGCAUCCAAUGGUUCUAAGGAUGAAUUCAGCCAUAAGACGGUUUUGAGAAACCGUUCCCUGAUUAACACUAGAGAGAUAUGGGACUAUCGUGGAUCCUCUGGGGAGCCUCAACAACCUCAUGAUGCUAAAAAGGCAGAGAAUAGUCUCUCCAGAUCAAAACACCUCAAUAAAUACCUGCAGAGACCCACAGGGAAGGGAUCUCACUGCUGCUCUGACUGUGGGAAGAGAUUCACCUCAUCAGGCAUUACAAUUCAUCAGAGAACACACACCGGAGAGAAACCUUAUAGCUGUGGUCAAUGUGGGAAGAGAUUUAGUCAAUCUGGAGAUCUGACAGUGCACCAGAGAACACACACAGGAAAGAAACCUUAUAGCUGUGAUCACUGUGGGAAGAGAUUUGCUGCAUCUGGCUCUCUGACUCUUCACCAGAGAACACACACAGGAGAGAAACCUUUUAGCUGUGAUCAAUGUGGGAAGAAUUUUAGUCAAUCUGGAGAUCUGACAGUGCACCAGAGAACACACACAGGAAAGAAACCUUAUAGCUGUGAUCACUGUGGGAAGAGAUUUGCUGCAUCUGGCUCUCUGACUCUUCACCAGAGAACACACACAGGAGAGAAACCUUAUAGCUGUGAUCAAUGUGGGAAGAGUUUUAGUCAAUCUAGCCACCUGACACUUCACCAGAGAAUUCACACAGGAGAGAAACCUUAUAGCUGUGAUCAAUGUGGGAAGAGUUUUAGUAAAUCUAGCCACCUGACACUUCACAAGAGAAUUCACACAGGAGAGAAACCUUAUAGCUGUGAUCAAUGUGGGAAGAGUUUUAGUCAAUCCAGCCAUCUGACACUACACCAAAGAAUUCACACAGGAGAGAAAUCUUAUAUAUGUGAUCAAUGUGGGAAGAGAUUUGCUGCAUCUAGCUCUCUGACUCUUCACCAGAGAACACACACAGGAGAGAAAUCUUUUAGCUGUGAUCAAUGUGGGAAGAGUUAUGCUCGAUCUUGGCAUCUGACUCAACACCAGAGAACACACACAGGAGAGAAACCUUAUAGCUGUGAUCAAUGUGGGAAGAGUUUUGUUACAUCAAACCAGCUGACUUUACACCAGAGAACACACACGGGAGAGAAACCUUAUAGCUGUGAUCACUGUGGGAAGAGAUUUGCUGCAUCUGGCUCUCUGACUCUUCACCAGAGAACACACACAGGAGAGAAACCUUUUAGCUGUGAUCAAUGUGGGAAGAGUUUUAGUCAAUCUAGCCACCUGACACUUCACCAGAGAAUUCACACAGGAGAGAAACCUUAUAGCUGUGAUCAAUGUGGGAAGAGUUUUAGUCAAUCCAGCCAUCUGACACUACACCAAAGAAUUCACACAGGAGAGAAAUCUUAUAUAUGUGAUCAAUGUGGGAAGAGAUUUGCUGCAUCCAGCUCUCUGACUCUUCACCAGAGAACACACACAGGAGAGAAACCUUUUAGCUGUGAUCAAUGUGGGAAGAGUUAUGCUCGAUCUUGGCAUCUGACUCAACACCAGAGAACACACACAGGAGAGAAAUCUUAUAGCUGUGAUCAAUGUGGGAAGAGUUUUGUUACAUCAAACCAGCUGACUUUACACCAGAGAACACACACGGGAGAGAAACCAUAUAUCUGUGGUCAAUGUGGGAAGAGUUUUGCUACAUCAAACCAGCUGACUUUACACCAGAGAACACACACAGGAGAGAAACCUUAUAGCUGUGAUCAAUGUUGGAGGAGUUUUACUUCAUCUAGCUCUCUGACAGUACACCAGAGAACACACACAGGAGAGAAACCUUAUAGCUGUGGUCAAUGUGGGAAGAGUUUUCGUCAAUCUAACCAUCUAACACUACACCUGAGAAUUCACACAGGAGAGAAACCGUAUAGCUGUGAUCAAUGUGGAAAGAGAUUUGCUACAUCUGGCUCUCUGACUCUACACCAGAGAACACACACAGGAGAGAAAUCUCAUAGCUGUGACCAGAGAUAAUCUUAUAAAAGAUCUCUGAUCAAAUAUUAGAAAAUACAUAUAUGAAGGUGUUGUUUCAUAAUAUCAAUGAAAUAAUGGUAGAAUGUUUUAACAUUGUAGUAGAAAUAUUUUAAUGAUGUCACAAUGUAGAAACCUAAACGUUUUCCCCCUUAUGAAUUGAUUUCAACAUGAUAUGGAUAUUAGCCUCAGGGGAAAAAUCCAGGCAAAAAAUCCAGGCUCUGAAAUGGAAGAGUUAUAUUCAUGUGAUUUAACAAAAAUUGACAAACAAAAAAAUUAAUCAAAUCAAAUGUAUUUAUAUAGGCAUUCUUACAUCAGCUGAUAUCUCAAAGUGUUGUACAGAAGCCCAGCCUAAAACCCCAAACAGCAAGCAAUGCAGGUGU